GAUCACUCGUAGUUUCAAUUAUUUAUUUACAUACAUGGAAGUAGCAAAUACGAUUUCGCAACUUUGUCUCAAAAAGUUUGAUGAUUUGCCAAAAAAUGGGAAACCGGAGGAAGGAAAACAAUGGACAGCUUUGGCCGGUUUUGUGAAACAAUUCAGGUGGAGAUGAUUAUGAAGUUGUUGCUAUUGGAACUGGUACCACCUGUUUAGGAGAAUCCCAGAUGAGAAAAGAUGGUUUAAUUCUCCACGAUAAUCAUGCAGAAGUUAUCGCAAGAAGGUCUUUUAUAAGAUACUUGUAUCAUGAAAUAUUAUCAACGUGGCAAUCAACGAAAACUUCAACUAUUUUCAACAAAACCAAUGAUGGAAAAUGUUGUUUGAAGUCGGGUGGUUCUUUUCAUUUUUACACAAGCAACACACCGUGUGGGGAUGCUACUAUUUUUCCGAUUUCACAACCUCUUAAUCAAACUCAAAGCAAGGGAGUUAAGAGAAAAUGUGAGCAAGUAAAAUUAAAUCCGGAGAAAAAAGUUUGUAUUCAUGAAACAGCAGAUGAAAUUGAACAAGCCACUACGCAAACUCAAAGUGAUAUUAAUCGGACAGGCGCAAAGUGUGUUGCUGGUGAAAAUUCUGACAGGCAUGGCAAAGGAAUUAAUUAUCAUUGUGUUGGUAGUUUAAGAACAAAGCCUGGACGUGGUGAACGCACAACCUCUAUGAGUUGCAGUGAUAAAAUACUUAAGUGGAACUUAAUGGGUUGGCAAGGGCAUUUAUUAUCAUUACUAGUUUCCGAACCUAUACAUAUGAAAUAUAUUAUUGUUGGUGGGGUUGCUGAUACUGUUGCUUUGAAAAGAGCUUUUUAUGGAAGAAUUUUUAAACAUGAAAAGUUUGUUAGUUUGGAGACAAAAAUCAAUCUGCACUGCCCGUUAAUUUACAAAACGGACACAGAAUUUCGAUUCGGAAAACCUGUUUUUAACAAAAAACAUUUAAAACCUUGUGGAAGCUCUUUAUCGUGGUGCAAAAUUGAAAUCAAAUCGUUGGACGUUGCAGCAAAAAGUGGUUUUCGUUUGGGGACGGUAAAAAAACAUGAAGGCCUCCCUAAAUCUUCCACAUUUAUAUCCAGAGCUAGUUUGUUUCAAUUGUUUAAGGAUGUUACUUAUGUUUUACCACAGUGCAGCCUCACAGAGCACCUUGGUAGCAUGAAAAACAAUUCGUAUAAGUUUCAUAAACUUUUGGCGGAAGAUUAUGAAGAAAAAUGGAAAACUGUAAAAAUGGACUUGCUGCAAAACUGGAUUUCGCACAGUGAGGAUUUGGACAAGUUUUAAUAAAAAAGACAUAGUUUCAGUAAUUAAGUAUGGUCCUUUUUUUACGGUCCUCCUGAACUAUUUUAAAGCAUUUUCCCCUCCCGAAAAUUCCCGUGGAUAUGAUUUAAAUUAUGUAUAACUUAAAUUUGGCGGAAUGUGUAAAAUACGUUACAUAUAUAUGUAGGUACAAGGUUAUAAGAACAUAACAAAAUAACGUUUGUGAUGGCACCUUGUCGUAACCCUCUAUGUCCCAGAAGCCGGAAUGUACUAUAUGUCAUUCAACUAUUCCUGCAUCGAUGAUAUUAUAUAUAUAUGUUAGAAGGAUUUUUUUUGUGUAACGGCGCCAUGAUUAUAAACGCAUUGAAUACAAAACGCAUUUUUUUUUAUAUUCUUCAAAGCAUUUUAAAGUUCCAUUUUUAACACAAGUUUAAUGAAUUAAUCUGUGAUUGUCAGAUCAUCAUCACUUUGUUUACAUAGAAUAUGAGUGUCAUUUUCUAUGUUGUACGGAUCUAUACAUAAACGGUCUCCGUUCCAACAGUAGUAUGUUGCAUAACCCAGCCGAGAAUGUACCCACUCCCGCCUAACAAGAUGUAAACUGAAGUGUUUUCCAGCUUCUCUUAACUUUGACAUGUCUUUAGCGAAAGCGACUUCCCGAAGCUGGUCAUGUGUUUGCCUGAAUGUAGGCAACAUAUAUUUACCCCAACAAAUUCGUAAUUUUGAAUGUUCAUAAAAUGCUUGGGCAUGUUUUAUCAAUUUUAAGAUUAAUUUAUUCAGUGAAACAAUAGCUUCAACGGAAAUUUGAUCUUUUUCUUUUCCAUCAAGAAUACUUAUAACAUGACUGAUCAAUUCAUCGUGAAGACUGUUCUGAAAUAUAAUAAACACAAAAUAAACAA